UUCACCGACACCUCUCUCUCUCUACCCACUCUUUUCCACUAAAUUACACAUAUACCCUCUUCUUCUUCUUCUUCUUCGAUUCCCACUCCCUCGAUGGCGCUCCCGCUCGCUUAGGGUUUGCACGAGCUUCUUCCCUUGACAAUGGCGGGGUUGCGACUGGGGCGGAGCGGUGCCAAGCGGGGGCCGUUGGGGUUCGUGGCCAAGGUGUCGCUCGCCGUAGUGUUGGGGCUCUCCUUCGUCGUCAUUUGGUCCACCUUCUCCCCCUCUACCUCCUCCGCCGAUGUCUCCACCAAGAGAAGUAGCUUCGGCGACAUCUCCGAUCCCGAAGUGGAGCUCCCGGGAAAGAAGAAGGAGACGAAGAAGAGCUCGAACGCGCACGCGAUCGAGGGUGGAAAUGGGAAUCGGAACGGAUCCGCGGCAGGAAUUGUGGAGGGGGGGAAGGGGGGAGGGGUAGAGGAGAGAGAAGAGGAGAAGAGUGGGGAGAAGGAGGAAGGGGAGGUGGAAGAGAAAGAGGAGGCGGUGGCGCCCAAAAAUGAAACCCUAGCUCCGGAGAUCAAGGAGGAAGUGGGAGGAGAAGAGAAAGCGGAAGCGGAGGGAUUGGAGGAAGUGAAAGAUGGAGAAGAUGAAGAUACAGAGGAUGGCAUUGAUGUGAAUUCGGAAGAGGAUGCGGCAGAUGGAGAGAAUAGGAAGAAGGGGAAGAACAACAGCAAGAAUAAGAAGAAAUUGGGGCCAUUGUUCGAUCCUGGAGCUCAUUAUCAUUGGAAGCAAUGUGGUGGAAAAAGUGGGCAUAACUAUAUCCCCUGUGUGGAUUACGAAGGAAUCGGAGGCCAGCGCCACCACGAAAGGAGCUGCCCUAGAUCGCCAUUUAUGUGCUUGGUUUCUCUACCAAAGGAUUACAAACCGCCAUUGCCUUGGCCCGAGAGAGAAUUCAAGAUAUGGUAUAGUAAUGUGGGUCAUCCGAGACUAUCUGCAUACAUCAAAACGCAAAAUUGGUUGAAUCACUUGGGAGAGUACUUGUUGUUUCCGCGGGACGAGUCCGAGUUCAAGGGUGGAGCUCAUAACUAUGUUGAUUCUGUUGAAGAGAUGGUACCUGACAUUGAAUGGGGUAAGAACAUCCGUGUAGUAUUGGACAUUGGCUGUGUAAGUGCUAGCUUUGGAGCGAUUCUACUUGAGAAAGGCGUGAUAACAUUGUCUUUAGGGCUGAUGAAUGAUCAAACCGAUCUAGCCCAAGUUGCGCUUGAGCGUGGUAUACCUGCAAUAGUGAGCAAUUUGGGUUUGAGGAGGCUACCUUUUCCUAGUGGUGUAUUUGAUGCUAUUCACUGUGGAGAAUGCAACAUACAAUGGCAUUCUAACGGUGGACGACUGCUGCUAGAACUGAAUAGAAUCCUGCGUCCUGGAGGUUACUUCAUUAUAUCUUCUAAACAUGGUGACGUUGAUAGUGAAGAAGGAAUGUCAAAUUUGAUGUCAGCAAUAUGUUGGAAUGUCCUAGCACAUAAAACCGAUGAUGUCAGUGAAGUGGGCAUUAGAGUAUAUCAGAGGCCAGCAUCAAAUGAUAUAUAUGAGUUGAGAAGGAGAAGAGAACCUCGCUUCUGCAAGGAAGAUGAAAAUCAAGAUGCUUCUUGGUACACUCCUAUCAGAACAUGUCUGCACAAAGUUCCUGCUGCUAUUGAAGAACGAGGAAGUGAUUGGCCUGAAGAGUGGCCAAAGAGGCUCGAAACUUUUCCUGAUUGGCUUGGUGAUUUACAGGAGAGAUUGACUUCAGAUCAUGACCAUUGGAAGGCUAUCAUUGAUAAAUCCUAUCUUAAUGGGAUGGGUAUUGAUUGGUCAAAUAUCCGGAACGUAAUGGAUAUGAAAGCCAUCUAUGGAGGAUUCGCAGCAGCUUUGGCAUCUCAAAAGGUUUGGGUGAUGAAUGUAGUUCCUGUUCAUGCUCCAAACACUCUACCCAUCAUAUUUGAGCGGGGGCUCCUUGGUAUCUAUCAUGAUUGGUGUGAACCAUUUGGCACGUAUCCAAGGUCCUAUGAUCUUUUGCAUGCUGAUCAUCUUUUUUCACGUCUUAAAAACAGAUGUAAACAACCUGUUGUUAUCGUGGUUGAGAUGGACCGCAUUCUGAGACCUGGGGGUUGGCUUAUCAUCCGUGAUAAAUUGGAAAUUCUCAAUCCCUUAGAGGCAAUUUUGAGAUCGAUGCACUGGGAAAUCAGGAUGACUUAUGGCGAGAAUAAGGAGGGUAUUAUCUGUGCGCAAAAAACAACGUGGAGGCCGUGAACUAUUCAAUUAUCUAUUGUUUGCCACAAUUGAGUUAAAUUAAAGGAUAAAGAUGGAGACUCUAUUUUGCAGUUGUCUAACAAUCAUUGACAAAAGAGAAGAAUUCGAACAGAUUCUUCUUACACUCAGACCCGCUUUCGGAUUACAUCUUGAGUUGGAAGUUUAUGGCGGCUAGUUUUGGUGGAUUUGACUCGACUUUGAGAAAAUUUGAUAUGAAAGCAUUCAUUGGUUUGCUUGCUUCAAAGUGUGCAUAGUUUCUCUACUCAUCAGGGGCUUGGUGUUUAUCACUGUAUUUGAAUUUUUGAAGAAGCAACUGCUGAUUAGACUGAAAUUGUUCUCUAUCUCGAGGUACGUGUGAGCGUAAUCGUGUACAAGAACUGAAUACUUUACCGAUAGGGCAUGCAUCAUGCCAUUAGAUCAUUCUUUGGUAGUUCUAUCUCCCACCAUGGAGAUACUUCAUCUCAAUGGAUUUUUCUGUUUGUUCCGUAUGUUUUUCUCUGUCGAUGAGAUGAUGAUGAUGUCUUUCUUUCCUGUGGCUUCAGUGAUCUCAGUUCUUUACUCAGAGAAGUAAUACUUGUAUUUGACAAAUUACUUUUCCAAAAUACAAAGUUUUAGUUCAGGUUAUAUUUUGAUGAAAA